AUGGAAGAUCUUGCCUCCAGCGCUCGAGUCGUACUGCUUCCAGCGUACCCGAUUUCUCUCGCAGGUGUAUACCUCAUCUCGAGCAUCUGGCUCAAGAUCCGGCGCGGCAAAGCAAACAUAGACGAUGGCCUCUCCUCUAUUUCGGACACGCGGGCCCGGUUGAUCAGAUGGCUUCUCUGCAUCUUUACCGUCUCGUUAGCCCCAACCACCGCGGUAUUUCUGUUCUUUGCAGCCUCUCUCCUGCCGGAUCCCGACCUCCCAUACCGACCUUCAGCUACGAAUAUACACACCUGGAUUACUGCGAUUAUAUUUGAAGCAGUAACAGUAGUGCUGGACUGCGUGGCUGCCCCAAACUUUCUAGCCUAUGGACGGCUAGCGCUACUCAUCGCUGCGUGCAGCAUCAGGCAUAUCUCAUCGCGGAGGGGACUCAAGGAUCCCGCUCGAGAAAGCUUGUUGAGCUCCGACACUAGUGAGGAAGGCCGAUAUGGCACGGUCGAGGCCAGCCCGCCGAAGCCCGGUGACGCUCAGUCAACGAAUUGGCUGGACUACCUCGUCGGGUUGGGGGUCAUAUUCCCAUUGAUCUGGCCGGCCGACUCAGUGUCCAUGCAGCUACGAGCCAUCGUCUGCAUCAUAAUCCUCAUCGCCCAGCGCAUCGUCAACGUCCUUGUCCCACUACAACUCGGUCAUGUUGUUGCCUCUUUGGGCAAAGGUCAUGUCCCCUACAAAGAACUCUCCCUCUAUAUUGCCUGCCGAGCGGUGCAAGGCCAGCAGGGCGUUCUAGCAUCUAUUCGAGCGCUUCUGUGGAUUCCCUUUGGACAAGCGACGUAUCAGAGACUGACCGAGUUGUCUUUCAAACAUGUGCUGUCUCUGUCGCUUCAAUUCCAUCUAGGAAAACGCCUGGGGGAAGUCAUGAGCGCUCUGAACAAGGGAAGUGCACUCAACACGUUUAUCGACUCCCUCGUCUUCCAGCUGUUUCCGAUGGUUGCAGAUAUCGGCGUUGCCGCCAUUUAUUUCCUGGUCAACUUUGACCCGUUCUACUCCCUCAUCAUUCUCGCCAUGGGCGGCACGUACCUGUUUGUCACGAUCUAUAUGGCCAAGUAUCGGGGUCGGGCACGACGCCAGAUGGUCAACUGCGAUAGGGAAAUGGAGGCAAUCAAAUCCGAUGCGAUAAUGGCCUACGAUGUCGUCCACUACAAUAGCGCUGUUGACCAGGAACAGCGUCGCUUGUCCGACCGCGUCACAGCCUUUCAACGGGCCGAGUUUGGCGUGCUGGUGUCUUUGAACUUAUUAAACACCGUCCAGAAUCUCAUUUUCACUCUCGGCGUGGCCCUCGUGAGUUUCCUGUCCGCCUACAAUAUCUCCAUCGGGGUCGAAAAGGUGCCCCUGUUUGUGUCGCUGGUAGCGUACCUGGCGCAGCUGCAAGCGCCACUGGGGUUCUUCGGUAGUUUCUACACUCAAAUCCAAAACAAUUUGAUUGAUGCAGAGCGUAUGCUUGCCUUGUUUAACGAGAAGCCCUCAGUGGUAGACAAGCCUGAUGCCAUCGAUCUAGUCGAUUGCAAAGGGCACAUCACGUUCGAGGGCCUGACGUUUGCGUAUGACCCCGCCUCAGUGGCUAUUGUAGGCGAGAGUGGAAGCGGGAAGUCCACGCUGCUGCGACUCCUUUUUCGCUUCUACCACCCAGAUAGCGGUCGGAUCCUCAUCGAUGGCCAGAGCGUGGAGGACAUUACCAUCGAGAGCUUACGCAAGCACCUGGGAGUUGUCCCGCAGGAGACGAUGCUCUUUAACGAUACUCUCAUGUAUAACCUGUUAUAUGCCAACCCAUCCGCCACGGAGGAGGAUGUUUAUGCCGCCUGCCGCGCAGCGAGCGUUCAUGACAAGAUUAUGGCUCUUCCGGAUGGGUAUCAGACCCAAGUCGGAGAGAGGGGUUUGCGUCUAUCAGGAGGCGAGAAGCAGCGGAUUGCAAUUGCUCGCGUCCUAUUGAAGUCGCCGAGGAUCAUCCUCAUGGACGAGGCGACAGCCUCGUUGGAUUCGGAAACCGAAAAGUCCAUUCAGGCCUCGUUGGCUAAGAUCAGUAUCGGCAGGACUACCAUUACCAUCGCACAUCGUCUAUCUACAAUUACACACUGCGACGAGAUUGUUGUCUUCCACAAUGGCACCAUCGUGGAGCGAGGAAACCAUACACAGCUCUUGACGCAGCGGGGGAGAUAUUGGCAGAUGUGGGACAAGCAGACUAGAGAGCCUCGCUCUCCUUCUGCGGAAUGA